UAAGAUUGGGAUAGUCCGCGCGAAGUCAUGAGAGAAAUCUGUAUCGAUCAGAUUGGUAAAUCCCCAUCAAUCACAUUUUCUUGACCUUAAGUUUCAUCAUUGUUCUUGCUCACCCAUCAUGGCCACAACCAAGGUUGAUGAGAAGACGAUCGUCUCUCAUACUGAGACCCUCUCUCCCACUCAGACCAAUGAUGAUUUUCUUGAGAAGCUCGACCGACAGCCGACGUUCGAUUACUCCGGUGCCCAUCGAAAGACGGACCCCAAAGAAAUCAGGCUUGUGAAGAAGCUUGACUGGUACAUCAUGCCGAUGUCAGUCUAUCGCGUGUUAAGAAGGAUUCAAUGGUCUUUCCAUCUGACGUGUCUCCAGGUUAUGGUCUAUGUACUGGUUGAACUAUCUUGAUCGGAAUGCCAUCGCGCUGGCUCGCUUGAGCAGUCUCGAGAAGGACCUGAACUUGAGCAGCGCGCAAUAUCAGACCUGCGUCAGCAUCCUGUU